AUCUGACCAUCACGUAUGCGCUACGUAUGAUGGCUCUUGGUUUUCGUUCAAUCUCAUCACCAUAUUCAAAACCUUUCCCAUCAUUUUCUUCGGGACAGUUUCAGUCCCAGAAGGAAUGACUGCGACAAUUUUUGAGAUCUCAGCCCCAAGAAAUCUGUGAGUUCCAUAACAAUGCUCAUUUUCGUGACCGGAAUAAAUCGCCCCAGAAAACAACUGCAACAGAAACAACCGCUAAGAAAAAGUGUGUUAGGCUAGAAAUAUUGUGGCGUAGGAAAAACAUCAUGGGUAUGAAUCCCUAACAGAAAAAAGCGUAAUUUUUAUUAUAAUUUCGUUGUCGUUUAUCGAAAUAUGUUCUGAGGCCAAAGUAAUGGGGACGAAGUCUCCAUUUAGCGUGGAUAAGGAAUCAAGGCGAAAACGGCGGUAUAUAGGGGAACCGGUGGUAAAACGGACAGUGGGGGUAUAAUGGACAGGUGGUUGAUUUGUAUAGUUGCAUUGUGAAUUUCAAAUUUCUGUUGAUGGGAACCUCUUCUACAUGUUAUUCUAUAAUAUUUAAACCAUCCUAUUACCAAUAAUGCUGAUCAAAAGUGGAAUAGGGAAACAAAAACCGAAAAUCAAACAUGAUUCCGCGUGUGGAUGUAAUUGUUGUGGCUUCGAUAUUAGGCAUUUUGAGUGGUUUAAUUGCAAAAUUGAAUUCGCUGAUGGUUAUAUUUCGGUUUGUGAGUUGACAGAGAAACGAUAUUAGCAGGCACUGCUCCUGCUGCUGAUGAUCGUGGUGUCAGCAAUGGCCAUCACGGUAAAGGAUAUCAGUGACGACCGAAACGAUGACAACUCCAUCAUUGGCCGAAAAGACAAGCGCGGCAUUUUUGGUUUCGGAGGAUACGCUCCAGCCGCACCAGUGUACGGACACUCGUUUGGUCACACACAUCCGUUUGCUCAUGCAUAUGCGGUUCCCGCUGCAGUUCCCGCCCCCGCCGUUCCCUACGCGCACCACGAUGGUGUGGUUGUAAGCGCCCCAGCUGCCGUUCCCUUGCCAGCCCAUGUGCCGCACGAACACGUGCUGGGUGCACACGCCCACACCCACACCGUCGUGACGAAAAAGAUUGGAAUCCCAAUUCCACAGCCGUAUGCUGUUCCAGUGGAUAGACCAAUUCCGGUACCAGUGAAGGUUCAUGUGCCCAUCCCAGUUGAUCGCCCCUAUCCGGUCGCUGUCCCGAAGCCAUUCCCCGUACCAGUGGACAGACCGUACCCGGUUCCUGUGGAUCGCCCAUAUCCGGUUCCUGUGGAUCGCCCAGUACCGAUUCAAGUUGUUAAACACGUCGGCGUUCCCGUGCCGGCACCUGUUCCCUAUGCUGUCCCGAAACCGGUUCCGGUUCCGGUGCACACGCCCGUAGAACCCUGGCCCGCUGCGAAACUUUGGUAGGAACACGUCGAUCAGACGUAAAUCGAAAGAAUACACAAGUUCAAUUCAAUCUAGUACAAGUUAUGCUCCGCUGGAAAGGAAACUGUAAUUCCUCCGAGGGCAAUUAUUAUUAAAUGUAAUAAUAAUCUAACUCUUGCUGUUGCUCUCAAGUGUUUGAGAAUAUUUAUUCUUAAAUAAGCUAAAUAAAUAUCUGCAGACUGGUUUCAC